AUGUCAGUUACAAAUGCAGUAUCUGGUAUAAUUAUAGUUGGUGGUAUGGAAUUGAUGGAUGGAAAAUAUUUACCAGGAUCUUUUACUGGGUUAUUGGCAGCCAUCUCUGUUGCCAUAGCAUCACUCAAUAUUUCUGGUGGUUUCUUAGUCACAUAAAGAAUGUUAAAUAUGUUUAGAAGACCAACUGACCCUGCUGAAUACAAUUAUUUAAUGGCAUUAGCAGGUGCUACAGGAGUACUUGGAUAUUAUGGUGGACUUUAUUAUGGAAUUCCAAAAGAACCAUUGACAAAUCUUUCAUAUUUAGCUUCAUCUAUAGCUUGUAUAUUAGCACUUGCUGGAUUAGCAUAAUAAUAGACAGCUAGAAUUGGUAAUAGUUUUGGUUGUUUGGGAGUUGGAUUGGGUGUUGCUGCAACUUUAGGAUAUAAAGGAUAUUCUCCAGAAUUAUUAGCUUAAUGGGCAUCAAUGGUUAUGUUAGGUGCUACUAUUGGAGGUACAGUUGCUACAAGAGUUGCUAUUACUGAUUUACCUUAAUUAGUUGCUUGUUUCCAUUCAUUUGUUGGAUUGGCAGCAGUAUUAACAUCUAUUGGUAAUUAUUUACAUGUAUUCCCUCAUUUGGCUGAAGAUCCAGCUGCACUUGUUCAUAAAUUAUCAAUCUUCUUUGGUAUUUUCACAGGUGGUAUUACAUUUACUGGAUCACUUAUUGCCUUUGCUAAAUUAUAAAAUCUCUUGCCUUCAAAUCCAACUGUUAUUCCUUAUCAUAAUUAAGUUAACAUUGCAUUGGCAGCCUUAUCUGUUGCAUCUUUAUUAAUAUAUAAUUAAACAGGUAGUUUUGCUGUAGGAAUGACUGCCUUAUUAACAGCAACAGCUGCUAGUAAAGUCUUAGGAGUUACAUUAACAAAUGCUAUUGGUGGUGCUGAUAUGCCAGUUGUAAUUACAGUUUUGAAUUCAUAUUCAGGAUGGGCAUUAUGUGCUGAAGGUUUUAUGUUAGAUAAUCCAUUAUUAACUAUUGUUGGAGCAUUGGUUGGAUCAUCAGGUGCUAUUCUUUCUUAUAUUAUGUGUAAAGCCAUGAAUAGAAAUUUAACAAGUGUUAUUUUUGGUGGUUUUGAUGUUAAUCCAGCUGCUAUUUAAUCUACUAAAGUUGAAGGUACUCACACUGAAAUUAAUGUUGAAUAAGCUGUUGAAAUGAUGGUUAAUAGUAAAUCUAUCAUCAUUGUUCCUGGAUAUGGUUUGGCAGUUGCUAAAGCAUAAUAUCCAGUUGCUGAAAUGUGCAAAACACUUAUUGAUUAAGGAAUUAAAGUUAGAUUUGGUAUUCAUCCAGUUGCUGGUAGAAUGCCUGGAUAAUUAAAUGUUUUAUUAGCCGAAGCUGGUAUUCCAUAUGAUAUUGUGUUUGAAAUGGAUGAAAUUAAUGAUGAUUUCCCAGAUACUGAUCUAGCUGUUGUUAUUGGAGCUAAUGACACUGUAAAUUCAGCUGCUGAAGAAAAUCCAAAUUCACCAAUUGCAGGUAUUUUAUUCAAUUAAAUUCUUUAGGAAUGCCUGUAUUAAGAGUUUGGGCUGCUAAAUAAUGUAUAGUUAUGAAGAGAUCCAUGGGUGUUGGAUAUGCUGCCAUUGAUAAUCCAGUAUUCUAUAAACCAAACAACAAUAUGUUAUUGGGUGAUGCUAAGAAAACCUGUGAUGAACUUUCCUCAAAAAUCAAAGAUCAUUUUAAAUGAUGAUCAAUUAGGUUGUACAUUUUCAUAUAAAAUAUAAAAAUAUUC